AUGCUUUCCGAACAGACGCGCAAUAUUGUUAAGGCCACAGUGCCAGUCCUAGAACAACAUGGCACAACAAUCACGACGGUUUUCUACCGGAAUAUGCUAUCGGAACACAAAGAACUCUUGAACAUAUUCAACAAAACCAAUCAAUCAAGAGGCCUGCAACCCACCGCUCUGGCGACAACUGUGUUGGCGGCGGCAAAGCAUAUCGAUAAUCUUGAAGCACUUGCGCCUUAUGUUGUGGAAAUUGGCCACAAGCAUCGUGCGUUGCAAGUGUUACCGGAACACUAUCCUAUUGUUGGCAAACAUUUGCUAGGAGCUAUUAAAGAGGUCUUAGGAGAUGCUGCCACUGAAGACAUCAUUAACGCUUGGGCAGAAGCUUACGGCGCUAUUGCUCAAAUUUUUAUUGACGUGGAAGCCGAUCUGUAUCGAAAGGCAGCCUGGAGCGGCUGGAAGCCAUUCAAGGUUGCCGAAAGAAGAAAUGUUGCUACUGAAGUUGUUGAGUUUAGGGUCGUACCAUCCGAAGCCUCAGGCAUUGAUCUCUCAAAUACUUCCUUUGUGCCUGGCCAAUACGUAACAGCCAAGACGCACCCAACCAAUGAAAACAACAAAUACGAUGCUCUGCGCCACUACUCCAUAUGCUCCUCUUCAGCAGCCAAAGGCCUAAAAUUUGCGGUGAAGCGCGAGCACGAUGGAGUUCAUUCUGGCCUAGUUUCGACUUACCUUCAUGACAGCAUCAAAGAGGGAGACGUGAUAUAUUUAAGCGCACCAGCUGGGGACUUUGCACUAGAUAGCAACUUGACGAAGCAAAACGAGAUUCCGCUCGUGCUCUUGAGUGCGGGAAUUGGAGUCACUCCUUUGGUAUCCAUGUUAGAAGAACAGAUUGAAGCUAACCCCUCAAGGCCUAUUGUUUGGAUUCAGUCCGCAUUUAACCGGGAUAGUCAGCCUUUUGCUUCGCGUGUUGAAGAUCUGCUAAAAAAGUGCGGCAAUGUUACUGUUCAUUCCGUUCACACCGAAACAAUGCCUCGUAUAGAUACCGGAUAUCUUUCUGAAAAGCUGCCUAGCCACUCAGACAUAUACGUGUGCGGUUCUUCCCAGUUCAUGUCAGGAAUGAUCAAAAUGCUCAAGAAGCUCGAGUACAAAGAUGAGAGGAUUCAUUACGAGCCAUUUGGUCCAAAAAUGGCUACUGAGCUCUCGAGCAACUGCUGA